AAAAGAUGCCUAUGAAUCAAAUCCAAAGAAAUAAAUGUAAAUUAAUAGUAGAGACUUAUUAUUAUUAUUAUUAUUAUUGUUAACUCUCUACAAUACACACAGACUGCUCUCUCAAAUCUACUUCACUCUGCUAUCUUAACCUUCACUCUUUUUCUCUUCCUUUUCCAUUUUCCAUUUUCCAUUUCCAUUUCCAUUUCUGAAUCUCAAAAUAUUUCGCUCAUUUCCUCUCUUGCGGCUCGAUUUCAGUAGCCUCUCGGAGAAUAUUAAUUACCGGAACAGCAGGAGGAGGAGUACGGCGGAGGAGGAGGAAGGGAAAUGAAAGGCGGUACGGGGGUUUAUCAAGGGAAAAGGCGAUGGAGAUUUUUAGCCGUAGGAGUGCUUUUUCUCGUUGUUCUUUCUAUGCUUGUUCCUCUCGUUUUUUUACUUGGUCUUCAUAACGGCUUUCACACGACUGGAUACGCCUCUGAUCAUUCAAGUUCGAGUUCUGAUUCUCCGAAGGAACACAAUGUACCGAAAAUUUUAAAUCAUUUUCUGCCGAACCUUCCAAUUGAAGAGGAUUCUAUUGAAAGCCAUGCAAAUGAAGAAAGAAACUUAACUAGCAAUACAAACUCAAACCAUGACAGCCAAUCACACCCAGAAGAUGCUCCUGCGCCACCUCAUUCUUUGCCACCACCACCUGCUGAUGGAAAUAAUAACAAUCCUCAAACGGCAGACAAAACUAAAUUCAACAGAAGUAUAGUUGAUGAAAGUGAAAAAUUAUGUGAGCUGAGAUAUGGGAGCUAUUGCUUAUGGCGUGAACAACACAGAGAAGAUAUGAAGGAUUCUAUGGUCAAGAAAUUAAAAGAUAGGCUUUUUGUAGCUAGAUCAUAUUAUCCUAGCAUCGCCAAACUCCCUGGACAAAGCCAGUUAACUCAAGAGCUAAAGCAAUGCAUUCAAGAACUGGAGCGUGUUUUUAGUGAAAGUACAACAGAUGCUGAUCUUAAACCAUCAAUUCAGAAGACGUCAGAGAGGAUGGAAGUUGCAAUAGCUAAAUCGAAAAAAUUCCCAGUGGAAUGUCAUAAUGUUGCAAGAAAAUUGGGACAGAUACUUGAAAUCACUGAGGAUGAAGCUCACUUUCACAUGAGGCAGAGUGCAUUCCUCUAUCAGCUUGCAGUCCAGACCAUGCCAAAAAGUCUCCACUGCCUGUCCAUGAAACUGACUGUGGAAUAUUUCAAUUCUGCUUUACGUGAUAUGGAGCUCCCUCCAUCUGAGAAAUUUUCUGAUCCUACAUUGCAUCACUAUGUUAUGUUCUCCAAUAAUAUACUUGCAUCUUCAGUUGUAAUUAACUCAACUGUUACACAUACAAGAGAUAGUGGGAAUAUGGUUUUCCAUGUGCUGACAGAUGAACAGAAUUAUUUUGGAAUGAAGUUAUGGUUCUUUAGAAAUACUUACAGGGAAGCUGCUAUUCAAGUGUUGAACAUUGAACACCUUGACCUAGACUAUCAUGAUAAGGCAGCUUUGUUAAGCAUGUCCUUACCUGUGGAGUUUCGUGUUUCUUUUCACAGUGUUGAUAAUCCAUCUUCGACAAGUUUAAAAACAGAAUACAUAUCUGUUUUUUCUCAUGCUCACUAUCUUCUUCCUUACAUAUUCCAGAACUUGAAGAAAGUUGUGGUUCUGGAUGAUGAUGUUGUUAUUCAGCGAGACUUAUCCGAUUUAUGGAAUAUCAACUUGGGAGGCAAAGUAAAUGGUGCUUUGCAGUUAUGUUCUGUACGGUUGGGUCAGCUUACCAGAUAUUUGGGUGAUAAUAUUUUUGAUAAGAAUUCAUGUCUUUGGAUGUCUGGGUUAAAUAUAAUUGAUCUUGCCAGGUGGAGAGAACUGGAUCUGACCGAAACUUACCGGAAAUUGGGACAGCUGGUUACCAAGCUGACAGAAUCAAUUGAAGGUGCUGCAUUGACUGCAAGCUUGCUUACAUUUGACGACCAGAUAUUUGCUCUUGACAAAGUAUGGGUAUUGUCAGGAUUGGGUCAUGAUCGCGAGUUGAAUGCGCAAGACAUUAAGAAUGCUGCAGUACUGCACUAUAAUGGAAAAAUGAAACCAUGGCUGGAGUUAGGAAUCCCGAAGUAUAAACAUUAUUGGAAAAGUUAUCUAAACGGAGAUGAUCAAUUCCUGAGCCAGUGCAAUGUAAAUCAAUGACAAGUUGGUGGUGGAGUUGCCAUAGUUUCUGGAAAUCUAGGCUCAAGAAGCACUGUAGAUGUUAAUUUCUUUGGUGCUGAGAAUUUUUCUUCAAGCUGGGUUACCCAAGUAAUAUACCCUUCUGGUUUUUUUUGGCAAAUAAAGAAAAGGCUUCUAUAUGGUCCUAGUAGCAAAGCAGGGGGGACAAAAUCCUUUUGGGAGAGCUUACAGUUGAUAGGCCUGGAGGAUUUGGUGUAUGGAAAGUGAUUUAUCGAUUAAGGAAUGAAGGAAGAAACUUCAUUCUCUACAGUGGCAAGCGAAUGCUUUUAUAAGUAGAAUAAUUUAUAUGUACAAGGAAAAGGUGCGACAGUAGGUUUAUAUUCAACAAGUUGGAAGCCAUUCGAGAUGUAAAUGAUGGAUGAGGAAGCAAGUAGUCUUUUGAUUGCCAUAGUAAAGUUGAUUCUUUUUCUCAGGUUCUCUAUUAUUUGAUUUAGAACAGUGAUUUAUUUGUUUCCAUUAAUGAGAAAUUUAGUGGCUACUCUUUACAUUUUGUACCAAUCUAAAUCAUAAGUUUCUUCCUUUUUCUGUUGAA